GCUUCGCCGACUACCACAGGCCCUCAGAGAAGAUUCCGAAUCAAAGUUCUUAGACUCUCACAAUACAAGACUUCACGGUAUCUGGGCCUUUCAAAUUUCCCACUGUCAAAGUCUAUAGUAGCCGGGAUAGUACUGGUACACAUUGUAGUUGACCGCAUAACGCAUAUAACGCGAGAGCUCUUGAUGACAUUUUCCCGAGCCGUGUACCAGUGGCCAUAUCCGUGGCUUCGAUCUCGUCGGAGCGAGCCAGCACAGCUAUCAUCCGGCCCUGGCACGAGAGUAUUAUUGACUUGUGCGUGCACUCUCAUUUUUGCCGCCGAAUCUAUCCAUCGUGAGGUGGAGGUAGCGCAGACGUGCAGAGCCGGCCAGAAGGUCGGACCAGGCCUCGGUACUGCAGUUGGGGUGUACUUACAUGGAUCACGAGCGCGACGGGCUGGAUGUUUCGCACAGCGUUGAUGGCCCCUGUGCGGUUGUCCCGUAUUCUCAUUGCGCCAGUCCCACACCCGGCGGCACGCUCGGUGGACAGCAGAGCGUUUAUACGGACUUGGUCUCCUGGAAGUCCGGGUUUUUCCGUGCAAGGAACAUCACUGGUGUUGGGUCGAUAUGUCCUAGGUCGACCCUGCGAAGCUUGGGGAACAAGCAGAGCAGGGCGGGUACUUUGGGGGACCCCGCGUCAGUCGCGAUCUUCAGGUAUUGCAACAGCGGCGUGUAUCCCGACCCUAGUAUGCACUGUCAGAUGCACAAGAUCGGACAUGCAGAAUCCGAGCUACACGUACGCGGCGCUUCCAAUAUACCGCCAUGUACGGUGCCCAAGACCUCCCAGUUCUGGCUCGACCAAUGGCAGAUGGAAGAAUAUGCUUCGUGCGAUUGGCGAUGCGCUGGUACACCAGCCCUCAGCCCCUUGCAACGUGAGUGACCUCAACCCCGAGGCGAAGCGCAAGAAGUCCGCGAGAAGGGGGGCGACGUCCUUGAGCAUUUCUGCAGGCGGUGGUGGGGAGGGUACCCCGUAGCGUUGUGUCUCACGCAGGAUAUGCAGCUAUCGUACGAACGAGAGGCGAGGGUGCAUAGUGUAGAGCAUGUAUUCGCAGUAUUUGCCGACGUUCUCGACCCGGCGAAACGUGACGUACUAGUUAAC